UCUACUAGUCAGAAGAUAAGCAGAUAAUAAUAGACCGCAGUCUCUACCUCAUCUUUUUUUCUCUCUUCAUGUAAAAACUUUUCUUCUCUGUUCUUGCAGCUACUCAAUGGCUUUGUCUCAAAAUCUUCAAUAAAAAACCUUAAAAACUCAAAAAAAUGAGACAAGAAAAUCCCAGACAAGAAGAACACAACUGCUGCUCAUCAGAAUCUUACAGUCUCAAACAAGCAGUCGAAGCUGUCUCUUCUCUAAUCUCAUUCUCUCUCGGAAUCAGAGUCUUUGCAGUAAAAUGGCAGAUGCUAAGAACCAAGCUCGAAGAGCUCAACUCAAGCCUAACCGCCAUCGAAAACUGCGAUUCGAACAGCAACCCGAUACUCUCCGGUCUCAUAACCGCCAUUAUUGUCGCUUCAAACAACUGCUACGAUCUUGCCAGAAGAUGCAUGGAUCUUUCUUACAGUGGCAAGCUUUUAAUGCAGAGUGACUUAGAUGUAAUGGCUGCAAAUUUCGACCGGCUUAUACGAAACCUUUCUGGGAUUUGUACUGCUGGUGUUUUAUCUCAGGAUUUCGCUAUUAUCGUGUCGAAACCGAGUUCGAAUUCUUGUAAAGAUGAUAUCAGAUUUUAUGUUGGGGAUCUUUUGACAAGAAUGAAGAUUGGUGACACGGAAAUGAAGAGACAAGCUUUGGUUAAUCUAUACGAGGUUGUUGAAGAGGACGAGAGGUAUGUUAAAGUAAUUCUUGAAAUUGGUGACAUUGUUCAUGUUUUAGUUCAUUUUCUUGACUCGUCCGAGUUGGAAAUUCAAGAACAGGCUUCCAAGAUUGUUUGUUUGAUAUCCGGGUUUGAUUCUUGCAAGAAUUUGUUGGUUGGAUCUGGUGUUAUAGGACCGUUGAUCAAAGUCUUGGAGAUUGGUAAUGAAUUAGGUAAAGAAUCUGCUGUCAGAAGUUUACAGAAAUUAACUGUGAAUUCUGAUAAUGCUUGGUCGGUUUCAGCUCAUGGUGGUGUAACAGCUUUAUUAAAAAUAUGUUCUGGUAAUAAUAUUAAUAAUAAUAAUGGUGAGUUUAGAAGUGAACUCAUUGGUCCAGCUUGUGGGGUUUUAAGAAAUGUUAUUGGUGUUGAAGAAAUUAAAAGAUUUAUGAUCGAAGAAGGCGCGGUUUCGAGAUUUAUCAGGCUUUCGAGAUCGAAAGAUGAGUCAAUUCAAAUUAGUUCAAUUGAGUUUCUUCAAGAUAUAGCUUCUGGAGAUGAAUCUAUCAGACAAUUAGUAGUAAAAGAAGGCGGAAUUCGCGCGUUAGUACACGUUCUUGAUCCGAAAAUUGCAUCGAGUUAUAAAUCUAGAGAGAUUGCAUUGAGAGCAAUACAGAAUUUAUGUUUCUCAUCUGUAAAUUGUAUUAAUAUAUUGAUGAGCUACGGAUUUAUCGAUCAGCUGCUGUUUUUUCUUCGAAACGGAGACGUUUCAGUUCAAGAACUCGCUUUAAAAGUUGCAUCCAGGCUCUGUGGAAAAUCAGAGGAAGCUAAAAAACUAAUGGGAGAUUCGGGUUUUAUGUCGGAGUUUAUAAAAUUUCUUGAUGCAAAAUCAUUUGAAGUUAGAGAAAUGGCAUCCGAGGCAUUAACAAGUAUGAUUUCAGUUGCGAAAAAUCGGAAAAGAUUCGUGCAAGAUGAUCGAAAUAUCGGGUUACUUCUAAAAUUGCUUGAUCAAGAAGAGGUAAAUUCAGGUAAUAAUAAAAAGUUUUUGAUAUCUAUUUUGAUUUCUUUGACAAGUAGUCAUAGUGGGAGAAGAAAAAUUGUGAAUUCUGGUUAUUUGAAGAACAUUGAAAAACUUGCUGAAGCUGAAGUUUCUGAUGCUAAAAGACUUGUCAAAAAGUUGUCUACUAAUAGAUUUCGUAGUAUGUUCAGUGGAUUAUGGCAUUCUUGAAGGUAAUUUUGUAAUAUUUUGUUACUUUUUUUCACUGUAAAUUUACUUAUAAGUGAUCUUUUAAAGUUGGUAUAAAAAGUUUUGCAAAUAUCAGAAUCUCCACUUUGGUUUUGUUCAAGUUUUCUAUUCUGUCAAAAUCAGGUUUAGAGCAGCUUUUUGCUUGAUUUGUAAUUGUAAAGAUGAUUAGUAUUGAAAAGGUAUAUCAAAAUAUUCUGUAAAGCUGACUUCAAUUAUAGUUACAUUAGUGGAAUAAGCUUUAAGUGACUA